AUGAAGCAAACAUUACCAUUGCUGGAAGGCAUUGGAGCCUUCUGCCUGUUGUUGCUGUUGGGUUUCCCCUGUGGCAGCACGGGUGAACUUAUUUUGUUUCCGAUUAGUGAAAAUGACCACGUCGUCGAAUCGGUUUGUAUAGGUGUGAACGCCGGGAUCUUCCCGCAUCCGGAUCCGGCCCUCUGCCACGUGUACAUCUCGUGCACUUUUGAGCAACCGAUUGUUUACCAGUGCGCUGCAGGAUUAGUCUUUGAUCCGUCCUCACUUCGCUGCAUUCCAGGCGACCGUAAUGAGUGCGCGGUGAGGAAUGAACCGGACUGGAACGAGGUCUGCGCGGCCGUUUCGUACGCGUUCUACGCCAACCCGAACGUGUGCUGGGAGUUUGUGUUCUGUUCAUACGGCACGGUGAACCGAUUCACCUGCCCGGUGGGAGAGAUCUGGUCACAGGAGGAUGGAGCCUGUUUGCCGGGCAAUCGGGACACCUGUGAAGUGCUGGACAUUGGCAACCUCUGUCAAGGACGUCCGGACGGUGCAAUACCCCAUCCGAUCGACUGUACGAGGUACUUACAGUGUACGAACGGUGCAACAGCGGUGUUGGAGUGUUUGCGCGGAGAAGUGUUCGAUGAGAUCCUGGGACGCUGUAUAGUGGGCAACACCGACACCUGUCAAUCGACCGGUGAUUUGUGCCGUGGAGUAGCGAACGAUCUUCGGCCACAUCCAAACGAGUGUCAUCUGUUCGUGUUCUGUUCGCUCGGUGAAGCAUCUGUACUGGUCUGUCCGCCGAAUGAGAUCUUCCGUCCAGAUAUCCGAUUUUGCGUCCCGGGUGAUCGUGAUACGUGCGAGUUCAGCAGCGUGGAAACGGCAUGCAUUGGACGUCCACCGGGCGUUGUACCUCACCCAACGUCCUGCGAGCUUUAUCUUUCCUGCAACAACGGUGUAUCCACUGUCAUGACGUGUCCUGAUAACACCAUCUUCAAUCCACAAACAGGUGUCUGUGCCAUCGGUGACCGUGACACUUGUGUCGUUACCGAGGGUCUCUGUCUGCUGCAACCCGACAAUACUGUGCUGGAGCAUCCAACCCGUUGUGAAAUGUUUAUCAUCUGCCAGGGAGGCAAUGCCAUUGUGAACCCCUGUCCACCAGGCGAGAUACUACGAGUGGAGGCUCAGUUCUGCGUCCCCGGCAAUUCCGACACCUGCGAAAGAUUGCCGCUCGAAAACAUGUGUGAUGGACGGGACGGUGGUUUCUUCUUCCCGCAUCCGACGGACUGUGCGCGAUUCAUUUCGUGCCAGCAAGGAGUGGCCCUAGAUUUGGCAUGCGAGCCGGGAAAUAUCUUCAGCGCACCGGCUCAAUCCUGCAUCCCGGGCAAUACGCAAACGUGCACUCCACUGACGGGAGUGUGUGCCAGUCAACCCGAUGGCACUGUACUGCCCCAUCCCGAUCGUUGUGACUUCUUCAUCUGGUGCACGGAAGGACGACCGACUGUGAACCCGUGUCCUGCUGGGGAGAUCCUUCGACCGGACGUUCAGUUUUGUGUGCCCGGCGAUGCGAACACUUGCGAGUUCGUUCCAAUCGAUCUGAUGUGCGUAGGCCAUGCCGAUGACACGCGCUUCCCGCAUCCGACGGAUUGCGCGCUGUUCCUAAUGUGUCAGGGACAGAACGCACUGGUGCAAACCUGCCCAGCUGGUAGCAUUUACAACGCACCAACGCGCUCCUGCGUUCCUGGCAAUCAAGCUACUUGUGAACGGUUUGAUAACAUUUGUGUCGGACGUCCUGAUGGGUACAUUCCUCAUCCUACCAUUUGCACGGCCUAUAUCUACUGCACCUCGGGCAUGGCGGUUUUCGAGCAGUGUUACCCUGGCACUAUAUUCAACGAAGAGCUUGGAGGUUGCGUCGUUGGUAAUACGGACACAUGCGUCCGAAAUGAUGGUAUGUGUGUAGGACAACCGGAUGGAACAAUUUUGCCACAUCCGAACGAGUGUGAUCUUUACAUUUUGUGCAUGAUGCAACUGGCCGCUCCACUACGAUGUCCACCGGGUGAGAUCCUCAAUGCCGAUGCGCAGUUCUGUGUACCAGGCAACGCGGACACCUGCCAAUUCCACCCAGUGGACACCAUGUGCCAAAACAUGGCGGACGGAGCAAUUUAUCCUCACCCGAACGAUUGUGCUCAAUUCGUUGUGUGCAGUGCUGGACUGGCAAUAGUGAACGAUUGCCCAGCUGGAGAAAUUCUACACGCUCCCAGCAGUAAUUGUCGACCCGGCAAUACCGCUACCUGUGAGUUCAUCGACAAUGUGUGUCAGGACCAGCCAGAUGGAUGGGUGAUAGAGCAUCCGAACCUUUGCGGACAUUUCAUCUGGUGCCAGGGAGGUGCUGUACAGGUGCAACCCUGCCCACCGGGGCAGAUCCUCCGACCAGAUGCUCAGUUCUGCGUCCCGGGAAAUCCAUCUACGUGUAGCUUCGAACCAGUCGAUCGGAUGUGCAUUGGAAUGCCGGAUGGAUCCAUUUUUCCACAUUUAACUGACUGCCGACUGUACGUCCGGUGCCAAAACUCGCAAGCAGUAGUGGAGAACUGUCGUCCCGGAACUAUCUUCCUGGCAACGGCUCAAAGCUGUGUAGCUGGAAAUGGAAAUACCUGCUCAUUCCUCGACGGUACGUGCGUUGGGCGUCCCGAUGGAGUUCUUCCUCAUCCGCAGGGCUGUGAACUGUUCCUGAUAUGCACCUCGGGUACCACCUCAGCGCUUCGCUGUCCAGAAGGGGAGAUCUUGCAUCCCGAGUUCCUCGUGUGUGCGGCUGGUAACGCAGAUGAUUGUUCGCUGGCUCCGGUUACCACCGAGCCUCCCAUCAUCUCGGUGUGCGAAGGACGUCCUGAUGGGAAUUACACUCAUCCGCUGCUGUGCUAUCUGUUCAUUCGUUGCACGAACGGAGACACGGAGAUCCUAACCUGUCCGCCAAACCAGAUCUUUGUUGGCGCUAUUCGAGAUUGUGCUCCGGGCAAUCAGGAGACUUGUAUUCCGUUGUAA